CCUCCUCUCCACUUCCCUUCCCUUGUGCACCCACCCCCACUCCACCAACAAACCGCAAGAGCCACACGCCCGAGCUCACACACACCACACCAGAUCGUCGACGGCGAUGGCGGCGGCAGCGGGAACCAGGGAGGAGAUGGUGUACAUGGCCAAGCUGGCCGAGCAGGCGGAGCGGUACGAGGAGAUGGUGGAGUUCAUGGAGAAGGUCGUGGCCGCCGCCGGCACCGGCGAGCUCACCGUCGAGGAGAGGAACCUGCUCUCCGUCGCCUACAAGAACGUCAUCGGCGCCCGCCGCGCCUCCUGGCGCAUCGUCUCCUCCAUCGAGCAGAAGGAGGAAGGCCGCGGCGCCGCGGGCCACGCCUCCGCGGCGCGCAGCUACCGCGCGCGCGUCGAGGCCGAGCUCUCCAACAUCUGCGCCGGGAUCCUCCGCCUCCUCGACGAGCGCCUCGUCCCCGCCGCCGUCGCCGUCGACGCCAAGGUCUUCUACCUCAAGAUGAAGGGUGACUACCACCGCUACCUCGCCGAGUUCAAGUCCGCCGCCGAGCGCAAGGAAGCCGCCGACUCCACCCUCGGCGCCUACCAGGCCGCUCAGGACAUAGCUAUGAAGGAGCUGCCGCCGACCCAUCCCAUCAGGCUGGGCCUCGCGCUCAACUUCUCCGUCUUCUACUACGAGAUCCUCAACUCGCCUGACCGCGCUUGCUCGCUCGCCAAGCAGGCCUUCGAUGAAGCCAUUGCCGAGCUGGAUUCCCUUGGGGAAGAUUCCUACAAGGAUAGCACCCUGAUCAUGCAACUUCUCCGUGACAACCUCACCUUGUGGACCUCUGAUAUGCAGGAUGAUGCCGGGGAUGAAAUGAGGGAUGCAAGCAAGCCUGAGGAUGAGAACUAGCGAAAGAUCCUAGUGACUGCCCUCUUCAUCUCUUAACCCGUGGGUAGUAUGAUGCUUGUACAAGGACCAUUUUCUGUGUCCUUUAUCGCCGGGUCUUUACUUACCCUUUGUUUCGUUAUAUUGCCAUUGUCGUCCUCAUGUAUUAUUUUUACUUUUCCAUCGGAAUACUGCUCUUGUACUCAGGGAUGCCUUAAGAUUUGAAGAACUAGAGGAUUGUCAA